UUGUAGUUCGACGUCUCACGUGUCUAGCUAUGGCGGGGCUGGAGCUGCUUUCGGAUCAGGGAUACAGGAUAGACGGCAGAAAGGCCGGAGAGCUGCGAAAGAUUCAGGCUAGGAUGGGAGUGUUUGCUCAGGCGGACGGUUCAGCUUACAUAGAACAGGGGAACACCAAGGCCCUGGCGGUCGUAUAUGGGCCACAUGAGAUCAGAGGCUCACGCAGCAAAACUCUCCACGAUCGUGCUGUGGUGAAUUGUCAGUACAGCAUGGCAACCUUUAGUACCGGCGAGAGGAAACGACGCCCACAUGGGGACCGCAAAUCCAGCGAGAUGACUCUUCACCUGAAGCAGACGUUUGAAGCUGCCAUCCUAACCCAGCUGUACCCUCGCUCACAGAUCGAUAUCUACGUACAGAUCCUUCAGGCAGAUGGCGGUAAUUACUGCACCUGCGUGAAUGCAGCUACACUGGCGGUUAUUGACGCAGGAAUCCCUAUGCGAGACUACGUGUGCGCUUGCUCUGCCGGCUUUAUUGAAGACACUCCGCUGGCGGACCUGAGUUACAUUGAAGAGGCGGCUGGUGGUCCCCAGCUGGCCCUGGCUCUGCUGCCCAAAUCUGAUCAGAUUGCACUUCUGGAGAUGAACUCGCGGCUACAUGAGGAUAACCUGGAGCGGGUAAUGGAUGCUGCAAGCAAAGCCUGUAAGGAUGUGUACGCAGUGCUGGACCAGGCUGUGAGAGAGCACUUGCAAGAGGUCACUACACUUGUUGGUGAACGCGGAUCAACAUAAAUGUACAGCCAGGUCUGGUCUGGGAUUUCUUGGUGCCAGUGGUAGGUGACUGCUCCUUCUGCGCCAGGUCAGAGUGUGAAAGAGACAUCGGCUGCAGGGUGUUCAGUGCCUGCUUCAGUUUUUCAAAUGCCCCAGAUAAGGAGGUUCAUAAAAAAAAUUGUCCUUUUAAUUUAUAUACACCAGCUGUACUGUCUGUGUCUAAUAAUACUAGCCCUGUGCUAAUACUAGCCCUGUGCUAAUGGGUACCAGCUAUAGCAUCUUAUGUGAUGUAUUGUGUAAUAUUUGUGGUAAAGUCAUCCUGCAGCGCUGCUGAUUAUGAGCUGGCAGCUUUACAGUCAUUUUAAAACCUGAAAUUCAGUUAUCAGACGGUCACAGUCAAGAGACCCCCUGAGUCUAAACAUGCAUAUAAAAAGGGGGCUGCAAGUAUAGUGCUUGUUCUCUGAAGACCGUGUCCUCUUUAUUAUUUGUACACAGGUGUCCAGCACAGAGUAGUAACACCAUUUUGUAUAAUCCUGCAGGCGAUGGCGUUCGUAUGCGCUGUCUUAAGUGUGAGUUUGUAUUUUUAUUUACCAUGUGCUGUAUAGAAUUCCUACACACUGUUCAGGUUGAUCUUUUGUAAAUAAAGGCAAUUUUGUACUUGU